GCACGCGGAAGUUGAUGGUGCGCUGUCUUGAUGCCCUCGGCAUUUUUUCGAAGGCAGCGUAUUUACUUGAAAUUCAACUGAAACCAACGCAACUCUUAGUGCAAGAUUUUGAUCGGACUGUAAUUUAAAAUCUGGGGCACGGUUAUUUGAGCUGUCACCUUACAGCUCACACACCAGAAGAGCACCGACGUUGAGUACAAGGCGAGCAGGCGUUUUUAAAGCGUUGUCCCCGCCCCCGGGGGAGGCUGAUUGACAGUACUGUGCAGAACCUCUAUCUCCGCUCAUUUCGCUCUAUAUUGUUAUUACGGUCAAUGCAGGCGCCAUGCAUUCGCUACCAAUCAUGUCCUAUUUAAAUCCGUCAAGAGAUCACUUAUAGGAUUUUAGCGUCUUUUUUUUAUUAUUAUUAUUAUUAUUAUUAUUAUUACUGACGGAGCAGCGCAUCUGUAAGAAACUGAAGAAGGAUCUUCUUUUGUUUUUGUGUGAAAUUCUUUCAUCGUCUUAUGAACACCCGAUUUGGUGACUUUUUCCGCGAGGUAGAAACAGAGAGGAAAGGGGAAGAAGAAACCCAGGGACCAGAAGGGAUUGUAUUGCCUAUUCUUUUUUUAUUUUCCUUAUUGUUUCUUCUCCCCCUUCCCCCUUCCCCAGCCCCUGCCCCCUACCCCCUCUCCCUUUAAUUUAACUGGAUUGAAAUAAAAUGGCUAGUGAUUCCCCUGCUCGAAGUCUUGAUGAAAUAGAUCUGUCAACGCUGAGGGACCCGGCAGGCAUUUUUGAACUGGUCGAGCUUGUUGGUAAUGGAACUUAUGGACAAGUGUAUAAGGGUCACCAUGUCAAGACAGGUCAGUUGGCUGCUAUUAAAGUCAUGGAUGUCACCGGGGAUGAAGAAGAAGAAAUCAAGCAAGAAAUUAACAUGCUUAAGAAAUACUCUCAUCAUCGCAAUAUUGCCACUUAUUAUGGUGCAUUCAUUAAAAAGAACCCGCCAGGAAUUGAUGACCAACUUUGGCUUGUUAUGGAAUUCUGUGGUGCUGGUUCUGUUACUGACCUCAUUAAAAACACAAAAGGAAGUUCACUAAAAGAAGAAUGGAUUGCUUAUAUCUGCCGGGAAAUUCUCAGGGGCCUUACUCACUUGCAUCAUCACAAAGUGAUCCACAGAGACAUCAAAGGCCAGAAUAUAUUGCUGACUGAAAAUGCCGAGGUGAAGUUGGUUGACUUUGGAGUCAGUGCUCAGCUUGACCGGACGAUUGGCAGAAGAAAUACAUUUAUUGGCACACCCUACUGGAUGGCCCCUGAAGUUAUUGUAUGUGAUGAAAAUCCCCAGGCUACAUAUGACUUCAAGAGUGACUUAUGGUCCUUAGGGAUUACUGCCAUAGAGAUGGCUGAAGGUGCUCCACCUCUUUGUGAUAUGCAUCCAAUGAGAGCCUUAUUUCUUAUUCCAAGGAGUGCACCGCCAAGGUUAAAAGCAAAGAAGUGGUCUAAAAAAUUCCACCUCUUUGUUGAAGCAUGCUUGGAAAAAGAUCAUAACAAACGACCAUGCACAGAAGCUUUGCUGAAAAACCCUUUCAUUCGAGAUCAGGUCAAUGAGAGACAGGUCCGCAUCCAGCUCAAAGACCAUAUCGACAGGACCAAGAAAAAACGAGGAGAGAAAGAUGAGACAGAAUAUGAGUACAGUGGGAGUGAAGAAGAAGAAGAUAAGGAUGUUCCAGGAGACCCCAGUUCUCUUAUCAACAUCCCGGGAGAAUCGACACUGCGGAGAGAUUUUCUGCGUCUCCAAGUGGCAAACAAAGAGCGAUCAGAGGCUAUUCGCCGUCAGCAGUUAGAACAGCAGCAGAAUGAUGAACAUAAACGACAACUGCUGGCUGAAAGGCAGAAACGCAUUGAAGAGCAGAAAGAGCAGAGGCGCAGGCUGGAGGAGCAACAACGACGAGAACGAGAGCUGCGAAAACAGCAGGAGAGAGAGCAGCGACGGCGUUAUGAAGAAAUGGAACAGAUUCGCAGAGAAGAAGAGCGGCGGCAUGCUGAAAGAGAGCAGGAGUACAUCAGGCGGCAGUUAGAGGAGGAACAAAGGCAGUUAGAGAUCCUGCAGCAGCAGUUACUGCAGGAGCAGGCUCUUCUACUGGAGUACAAGCGAAAGCAGAUGGAAGAACAGCGGCAGGCUGAACGUCUGCAAAGGCAGCUGGAGCAGGAGAGGGCCUUCCUGUUCUCCCUUCAGCAACAGCCCAUGAAGCAACAGCAACAACAGCAGCAGCAGCAGGAGCAGAAGAAACAACUAUACCAUUACAAAGACAGCAGUAACCACAACGAUAAGCCAGCAUGGGCCAAAGAGGUAGAGGAGCGCUCCAAGUUGAACCGACAAAGCUCCCCAGCAAUGCAGCACAAAGUGUCCAACAGGAUUUCAGAUCCCAGUUUGCCACCCCGGUCAGAGUCCUUUAGCAACAGUGCCAUUCCCCCAGCAAGAACACCUCCCAUGCACAGGCAGGUUGAGCCCCAGGUACAGAUGGCCCAUCUAGUUCCUCUGAAGCCACAUGGUUCUUCUAUGUCAGGAUCCCAGUCUCUGCAUGACCAGACAGCCAAGGGAAUCUCUGCUUUUCAGGAAGGCAUCAUAUCUCAUCGUCCAGAGAUGCCUCGACAGAAUUCAGAUCCUACCUCUGACACGCCUCCACUACCACCACGGAUAAGCAGCAGGGAAGACAAAUUUGAACGAAGCUCAUGGCUGAGACAAGAAGAGGACAUCCCACCUAAGGUACCACAAAGAACAACUUCCAUUUCUCCUGCCUUAGUCAGAAAGAACUCUCCUGGCAAUGGGACAGGCCUUGGGAACAGAGCAGCCUCUCAACUCAUCAGAGCCAGCAAUCCUGAUCUUCGAAAGACUGACGUGGCCCUUGAAAGUGUGCUGCACAGAGCCAGCAGUGGAAGCUCCUCCAGCUCAAGCACUCCCAGUUCUCAGCCUAGCUCCCAGGGUGGGUCUCAACCAGGCUCACAGGCUGGAUCCAGUGAGAGGAACAGAGUUACUGGAAGAAGCAAAGCUGAGGAGCCAUCUGCAGCUCCCCAGGAGUCCUCAAAGAUUAAGUCGGAAGAAACAAGAGAAAGCAACAGACCUGGCCGACCAGCGGACUUGACAGCGCUGGCCAAAGAACUACGUGAAUUACGCAUGGAUGAAACUAAUCGCCCACCAAUCAAAGUGACAGACUAUUCAUCUUCUAGUGAAGAGUCUGAAAGUAGUGAGGAUGAAGAGGAUGGUGAGAAUGAAGGGCACGAUGGAACUGUUCCUGUCAGUGACAUUCCAAGGAUAAUCCCUACCACAAUCCAAGAGGAGAAUGAGUCUUAUACACUAAGCCUGGUGGGUAGUCAAGAUGGCCCUCAUGCAGAUUCCUUUGGCAAUUCCACGAAGGAUGGUACACUAAUGAUGAGAGAGACUGGGGAAGAAACUAAGCGUUCUGGCCACGCAGAUAGCAACGGCUUUGCAGGCCAUGUCAAUUUACCUGAUUUAGUUCAGCAAAGCCAUUCUCCUGUAGGCACACCAACAGAGGCACUGGGACGGGUAUCAAGUUUGCAUACACAAGACCUGGAAUCCAUGCCAGAAUAUGGAGUAGGAGGUGUCUCAAAAGCAUCAUUUACUCCUUUUGUGGAUCCUCGUGUUUAUCAGACUUCUCCAACAAAUGAAGAUGAUGACGACACAACUGUAGAAGACUUAUUUGCCAGUGAACUUCUACGACAGGAACAGGCCAAGUUGAAUGAAGCGAGAAAGAUCUCAGUAGUGAAUGUGAACCCCACAAACAUACGGCCACACAGUGACACGCCGGAGAUCCGCAAAUACAAGAAACGUUUUAACUCCGAAAUCUUGUGUGCAGCACUCUGGGGAGUAAACCUACUUGUUGGCACAGAAAAUGGACUCAUGCUACUGGACAGGAGCGGUCAAGGGAAAGUCUACAAUCUGAUCAACAGGAGGCGCUUUCAGCAGAUGGAUGUCCUGGAAGGGCUCAAUGUUCUUGUGACAAUAUCAGGAAAGAAAAAUAAGCUAAGGGUAUACUACCUCUCUUGGCUGAGAAACAGAAUUCUGCACAAUGACCCUGAAGUAGAAAAGAAGCAAGGCUGGAUCACAGUGGGGGAGCUGGAGGGCUGUGUUCAUUAUAAAGUUGUGAAAUAUGAAAGAAUCAAGUUUUUGGUUAUUGCUUUGAAGAACUCUGUGGAAAUUUAUGCUUGGGCCCCUAAACCUUACCACAAGUUCAUGGCUUUUAAGUCUUUUACAGAUCUGCAGCACAAACCUCAACUUGUUGACUUAACUGUGGAAGAAGGUCAAAGGUUAAAGGUUAUCUAUGGGUCAAGCGUGGGUUUUCAUGUGAUUGAUGUGGAUUCAGGGAAUCCCUAUGAUAUCUACAUUCCAUCUCAUAUUCAGAGCAAUAUCACCCCACAUGCCAUUGUGAUCCUCCCCAAGACUGACGGAAUGGAGAUGCUUCUGUGUUAUGAAGACGAAGGUGUCUAUGUGAACACUUACGGCAGGAUCACUAAAGACGUGGUGCUUCAAUGGGGAGAGAUGCCCACCUCUGUUGCCUACAUCCAUUCCAGUCAGAUCAUGGGCUGGGGAGAGAAGGCCAUUGAGAUCCGCUCAGUGGAGACGGGACACCUCGAUGGAGUUUUCAUGCACAAGCGAGCUCAGCGAUUAAAAUUCCUCUGUGAGAGAAAUGACAAGGUUUUCUUUGCUUCAGUUCGUUCUGGAGGAAGUAGCCAGGUGUUCUUCAUGACUCUUAACAGAAACUCUAUGAUGAACUGGUAACACACACAAAAGAAGCAAGAAAUGGAAUUGUCAGCAAGGAAAAACAUUCAUUUGGUAUAUCUGUUGUGUAUUAAAACAAAAAAACAAAUCUUGAGAUCUUCCUAAAUGUGAAUUUCUAAAACCUAAAAGGGCAAUUUGGACAUCAUGAUGCCAUGAUUCCCUAAAAUAAUUGCACGGCCUGUGAGCCUGGAGCCUUAUCCCCUGUCUGACAUGGGACCUAGUCCCUAAUUUCAAUGACAGUCCAACAUGCAAGACAGAGAAUAACAGCACCUCUGUUCUGCAGAUCUGGAUAUUGGCUGCUCCUGUCUUGAGUGGCAUUCCACAUUCCUCCUCAUUUUAUGAUUUUCAUUUGUUCGGAGGGUGGGAAGGGUCUUAUUUAUUUUUUUUUACAUUUUUGUGGAAUGGAUAUUAAUAUAACAGACUGUAGAUCAAGUGUAAUGCUACAAGAAUUCAAUGGGGUGUAAGCAAAUACAUCAUUGUGUUGUGUGACCACAGCAAAUAGCAGAAGACAAAUAAUAAAAAAAAAUAUAUAUAAUGGAAGUCUGCAAAUAAGAAGAUAGUUAAUUAUUUUGAAUUUUAAAUACAACAUGGGGUGUACAUCAGUUUAAAAAAAAGUGUUUGGCUCCCUUCUUCUGCACAUUUGUGUUGAGAAGCUACAUUGUCAAAUCUUCUGAGCUACAGGUUGUGUGUUACUGCUGUGUCCAUUUGCUCCUGGUGCCUUUUGCUGAUAAGCCAGUAGGAGAGAGUCUGAGCCAUGAAGACACUGAGAAGAUGCAGGAGCACAAAAAAAGACACGUGCAAGGAAAAGGCUAAUCAUUAUAACUGCUGUUUAUGAAGAAAAUCAUUUGUGUGGUUGCAUUUUUUUUUUAAGAAAAGUGCCCAUAAUUUAAAAUAGAGACAUAUCAGUAUUUCUGGGACAGGCAGGAAUCAGGGCGGCAGUAAGCCAAUGGUCAUAUUCCUGACUUCCCUAUGUGCCAAAAGUUGGCCAGAAUGAUUUCAGUUGCAUUUUGUUUUCUAGGAUAACCAUUUAAACAGCAAAUGUACAGUAAAUAUAUAAAUGUUAUUAGACAUCCCUGGUGCGCUUCAAAGAAACAUUACUUUUUGUUGUUGUUCUUUCUGAACGAUAGCUGCAAACAUGGCUUCCUGUGUUUUAGGAUGUUGUUGCAGUAAAUAAAAAAGAAAAGAGAUGUGUGUUGCGCUUCCUCUUUUGUAACCUACCUCAGUUCUUCACUUCGUCUUUCUCCUCUCCGUGUUUUGAGUGGGCCUGGCUCUCUCGGUUGACACACUGACUCAGAAGAUGGUGAAUGUUUCUUGGUGAGGAGGUGAAAGGGCUGGUGUGAUGGUUGGCACAAGCCUUAUAAAGAAUAAAUGCAGGCCUAAGUGCAUGAAGAAGCUAGGCAGGCACCUUAAAGGAUGCAGCGUGGAAGGCAGAGUGGACUGAACCAAAGGAAAUGACUUCACUGGCACCUUAGAUUGUUUCCUUAUUGUAUGUGUGUUAUUUUGAGACUAGGAACAAACCUCUAAGGAGAUCUCUUUUCCUCUUUUAUUUGGCCUUCUACUUGCUGCAUUUAUGAGUGGAAAUGUGCUUAGAUUUCAACCUAACACACUUUAGAUGUUCCUGGAGGACCCGUGAAGCAUCAGAUGUGUGCAAGUGCCAAUGAAAAAAAUGAUAUGAAUGAACGAACAAAGGAAUGAGUGAAUGAAUGCACAUUGUUAUGAUAAUAGUCAAGGAUUGGAGUUUCACAACACGCUUGACUUAAUGGUCACAGCUGCUCUUUUACCGUUCUCUUACAUCAGUGGAGAGUUAUAUCUCUAUUUAGGACAUAUUGUCACUGUCUUGCAAUUCUGUCCAUCUUCUUAAAAAUACCAGUUCCUAAAAUAUAUUGUUUGGGCAACAUCUUUUUUACACUGUAAAAAAAAAUGUAUUAUUCACAUCAGUAAAUCUAGUUUAAGAAAGCAAUAUUGCAAUUAAAAACGCAUUAAUCCAUGUGCCAUUACAUGCAUUUGCACAGGCUUCCCACCUUAUAUUAUUUUUUGUUUUCUACUGUUUCCUCUCUUUCUGAAAUGUGCUUCUGCUUUAAUGGAGUUAUCAUCUGCCCUUUUUUAAUUUUAUACUUGAAAUAUGUUUUCUGCACAGACAUUGGGAACACGCACACAAAUCACACAAUAUUCUUUCUUUCUUUCUUUCUUUCUUUCUUUCUUUCUUUCUUUCUUUCUUUCUUUCUUUCUUUCUUUCUUUCUUUCUUUCUUUCUUUCUUUCUUUCUUUCUUUCUUUCUUUCUUUCUUUCUUUCCCAGUUGCAGGAGCUGCCUCUUCUAUCAUGACAAAAAGAGUAUUCUCAGCUAUGUGUGCAUGGCCUGUUGUUAUUGCCAUUGAAAUAUCUGGACAAAACAAAAACAGCAAAAGAAAUUAAAGUUCCUGUAAGUCAGGUGGAGCUGUGACCAUGUCACAUUAUACUUUCUAAUAGCAGAUUGAUUGUCAGUUAUUCUUCUUCUUUAAGCAAAGUGAAAUAAAAUUGACUGUCCAGUUGUUUUCAGACCUCAGUGACUAACUGAUUCCUUCUUAUGUUUGUGGUUAUGCCCAUUGCUUCUGUUAACAGGUUGCUAUUUGUGAUAUUUGAAGGUCAUUUUCCAAACUAUCUCCUAUUUCUUAUAUACUGAAAAUGUUCUGUCCGAUUAGAAAGACUGUGCAGCUGGCUUGAAUGGGUUGACACUUAACGUUUGCACAUUUUGAAUAUUUAUAUUGAAAAAAAAAACAAUAAUUCUGAUUUUAAAAGUCAUGCGUGGUAUCUGUGAAAUGGCUUUAGCAAUAACUUGUACCACUGAAAUCUUUUCUUUGCUGUAUUGAAAUAUUUCAUUGUUUGUGUAGACAUUUGUUAUUCUUUAUUUUAUUAGUUUUAAAAUAUUAAGUUGAAACUGCUUCUUCAUCUGUGAGAUCCUUUCAUAACUUAAGAGAGGCCUGAUUUGGAAUAGGGUGAUGUUUUACUCUACAUUUUGUAUCAGCUUCUCAAGCUACUGUUUCAGCCAUAUUCCCCACUUAGUUUGCAAACCUUUCAUUGAAUCCUGAUUGAGCUUGCUUUUUGCUCUUUAUUUAUUUUUUGGGUUUUGUUUGGGCUUUUUUCUGUAAUAAAAGAUAUCUUAAAACGAGA